AUGAUUACCCAUUCCUCUAUGCAUCAAGGAGAAAUUUGUGACCAUUCGCUAUCAAAUUCUACCAACCAGCAACUUAGAACUUUUGCACCACCUCGGGAAUCAGGACGUUACACGUUACAAAAGUUCUCUCAUGAGACGAUUCUGAUGGUCAUGGAGCUCCCUGUUCUCAUCGUCUUCUGGGCUGCUGUACUGGGAGCAUUGGGAAAAAACCCAGAGAUGCCAGGGCAGGAAGCCUUCUGUAUGACAGAAUGUGCUGGCUCUGAAAGACUCAGUUUCCCCAAAGGCAGCAGACACAGCUACCGCUACUCCACCACCACCCGGACUGCCUUGCAGGGGCCUGGGGCUGAAAGCAGCAGCAUCACGCUUGAUUGCUUAGUGACUGUUGACAUUAUCGGCCACUGCCGGAUGGUCUUGAGGCUGCAGGACAUUCAUUUAAAGUCCUCCCCGGCAUCUAAGGAGGAGCCCCUGAAAGAGCUGGAGAGCUUGAGGGUGACCUUGGGCAGAUUCCCGCUGCUAUUUGCGUUCCAUGAUGGGAAGAUCCCCAUGAUCUGUCCCCGGCGGGGCGAGCCACGCUGGGUCCUCAACAUCAAACGGGGCAUCUUGAGCCUUCUGCAGAGCCACCCUGGUACCACCGUCCCGGAGACCAUUGAGGAGGUAGAUGUCCUUGGAAAAUGCCCCACCAGGUAUGAGCAGAAAGGCUCCUGGCUCCUGAAGACAAAGAACUUGGCCCAUUGUUCCCACCGGCAUACCGAGGUCACUUCCCUGAGAUCGGAGGCUCUUCCUGGAGUGGCAGAGCCUGUCCUGGCCUCCCAGGUGGCCUGCAGUCAGAGCUUCCAGGCAGCCGUGCUGGGAGAGACCACGUGUGUGGAGUCCCACGUGGCUGCACUGCCCUUUUCUGGGAAGGGAAGCAGUGUGCAGACACAGAUCCGUUCCACGCUCUUCUUACUGCGGAUGGGAGUUGAGGCCGCCUCCAGCACAGGAGACUCUGGAGAUCUUUAUGCGACUGAUCUGCUUUACGAGCAAGAGGGGUGGGCCAUGAAAGCUGAGCCAGCUGAGGUUACCGAGACAGUGAGGAAGCUGUGCCAGACACAGACUGCUAACUUUGAGACCUCAGACCUAUUCAUGGUGUUGGUGUUCGAGCUCAGAGGCCUAACCACCGAUGCGCUCAUGGGCCUGUGGAGGAGUUCGUCCUUCAAAUGCCGAAACAAUUGGCAGCCCCUGGUGGAUGCCCUGCCCUCCUGUGGAACCGAGGCCUGUGUUGCCCUCAUGAAAGAGCUCAUCAGCUCUAGAGAAGUGGAGGCUGAAGAGGUAGAGUCAUUCCUUUGGUCUCUAGCCUUCAUUCCGGAGCCCACAGCUGGCAUGGUUCAUUUGUUAUUGCCACUCCUCCAGGCCCCAGAAGCCAGUGUGUCUGCCUUCCUGGGGGUCACUGCCCUGGUACAUAACCUCUGCACGGUUAGUGAGGGGUGUGAGCACCUUCCGGCUGUGAGGGCAGCUAUUCGCAUCCUGAAAGCAGCUUUAGGAAGAAACUGCACUGCCCAGGAGCCUGAGGAAAUCAGCCAGGUGCAGCUCGUGUUGAAGGCUGUGGGCAACGCAGGGUUAGCAGCAGUUCCCCUCAUUCCAGUCCUCAGCUCCUGUGCGACCCAGAAGAGCAACCCCAGCGGCGUGCGGCUGGCCGCGGUUCAGGCCUUCCGACGCCUCCCCUGCUCUGCUGAUCGCUCCGUGCUGUCCCGGCUCUAUCGGUCCACAGAAGAAGAUACGGAAAUCCGAAUCACCGCCUACUCCCACCUGAUGAAGUGCCCAAGUGAAGAGGUGUUUAUCCAGGUGCAGCAAACUUUGGCGGAAGAGUCAUCCAGCCAAGUGGGAGCUUUUGUGUGGAGUCAUCUGUCCCAGCUGCUGGAGACCACUGACCCUAAGAAGCAGCCUCUCCGGGAGGCCCUUCCUGAUGACAUCAUCAGCCAAGAGUUUGACUUGGAGACUUGGAAAUAUUCCUCCUUUUCAGAUGUCACCUUCCGUUCAGCCUCGGGGGGAGUCGGUGCCAAUCUGGAGGCUGCCGUGGUCUUCACUCCAGCCUCCUUCCUUCCCCGCUCCAUCAUGGCCAACCUGACGGUGCACUCGAUGGGCCGUGCCGUCAACCUCCUGGAGCUCACACUAAGAUUGGAAAACGCUGUAGAGCUCGUCCGCAAGCUGUUUGGUCAGCGGCCAGUGGCUUUCCAGGAAGACUUCCCAAACCAGGAGGAGAGCGAGGCCCCGGCAGAACCCCACACAGAAACAGUGGGCAAAGCCAGAGAGAAGAAGCCGAACACAAACGGGCAGGGUCCAACCUCAGAACCUCAAACACCCAAGCCCAAAGGGAGACUGGCCGAGCCCAAGUGCCCGGGUGGCGACCGCAGGAAGAUGAGCGAGUUAAUACAGAAGGUGACCCAGAGGCUGGGCAAGAAGAAGGCGGCUCUGCUGUGUGAGCUGAGCGUGAAGGUCUUUGGGCACGAGCUCAGCUUGCUGGACUGCGGGGACCCAAGGAGCCACCUGAAGCGGUACUCCCUGCACCUGGCAGAACUGACCGUCAGGCUCCUGAAGGGUCAGGAGGUCCAAGUGACCAGAAGGUUAAGCCUGGCUACAGAAGAGCUCAGCUUCCCCUCUUUGGCUGGUUUCCCCGUGCGACUGGCUCUGAACGCCUCGGCCACCAUCCAUGUCCGGGUGCGGGGGGUGGCGGACCUCCGGCAGCCCUUGGAUUUCUCCGUGAAUGGCUACAUCAAGCCCAGUGCCCUUAUUCAGAUCUCGGCCCAGAUGGGCACGGCUGGGCCUCUGGGGGCGUCGGGCAUGAAGUGGGUGAGUGGCGCUCGUACCUUUACCAGCCUGGAUGGAGGAAUCCAGGUGAAAAAGGGACGGGAGCUCAAGGUAUUCCUCAACACCCCUGAGGACGCCAUGGAGUUGCUGAAUUUCAGCUCUAAGCUCUAUGUGGUGACUGGGCACAGCGUGAAGAAUAUCGAUCAAGUUCAAGGCUCUCCUGACUCUUGGGCCUGUACCGAAGAGGAAGGGUCGAGGACAUGGGGCUGGCAGCUGUGUUCCCAAGCGUCUUUCCGAGUCAGAGGGCAGCCUUUCCUGCUCUCUGUUCCGGUGACUGCAGCCGUCACUCUGAAGAGGCGAGACCGAGAGUUGCAGCAGUACCUGCUGGAAGCAGCCUACACCUUCUCUCCCCAGAAAGACAGCUGGAUUCCCAGUGAAGCUGCCCUGUAUUUCUUCAUGGGGACACCAAAGUCGGUGCUGCAGAGGGAUGUCAGCAUUGACCUCGGUUUCAGCUUGCGGCAGAGGACGUUCAAGCUGAAGCUCCUCCAUCCAAAGAAAAAACUCCAAAUGGAAGGAAGAAUUGAGUCCUUCCAGAAUGCACGCCUUGGUCACCUAGAGCUGAUCCUGGAUGACAACGAUAUCUACUACAUCAAGGGGAUGACUGAUUUUCAGACCACAAAUGGGGAGCAGAGAUAUAUGACCCAGCUAGAAGUGAAGCUGGCCAAGCAAAGUAGCCCCAUAAUCUUCAUUGGGAACAUCACCAAGCAAAUCGGCAAGAAGACCUUGUUCUCUGCAUCCCUGACCAACCUGCUGAAGGACGCGGCCUUUGUCUCAGUGAUGCUGGAAAAGAAAGUGGAAGACCAGUUGUGGCACUAUGCACUGGAUGGAGAAGCCUACCUGCCGGGUAUCCUGGGUUGCCAUGCCAUAGGUCUUCUGCAGAAGAGUGGGAGCCUGUGGACCAACACCCUGAGAAUGAAAUAUGGAUUGCUAGGGGAGGCCAGACAUCUCCGGCAGGAAUGUAAUGCUGCCCAGAAAUUCAGAGUGGAGAUGGGCCCAGAGAAGCUGUACCAACUGGAGCUUGGUCACGAACUUCACUGCACUCAAACUCCAGCUUAUAACCACAAGGUUGAGCUCCAGCACGAGGAGAGUGCGUCCCGGCUCCACUCUCAACUGGACGUGAGUUACGGGAAGCACUGGGAUGAACUCAACAACAAGAAGAAACUGCGCAUCAGCCAGAUCUUCAAAAAUGAUUCGGACCCAGCCCUGAGCAACUACUUCAUGGAGUUUGUCCUACUGGUGCCUGAGAGGCAGGUGAAUUACCGGACACAGCUGCAGCAUUCAAGCUUCUCCCAGGGCCACGUGGAGAGCAACACCCACCUGAAGGUUCAGUAUAACGAGCGGCUGCCCUUUGUGGCCGGACUGCUGUGGAAGGACACGUCCAGGGGACCUCUGCGGAAGUGGGAAGGUGCCCUGAGUUUGGAUACCCCUUGGCAGUCCCUGUCACUGACUCACAGGCUGCAUCAGCCCCAAGGCAGCACCUACCAGGCCACUGUGGAGCUGACAGCCGGGAAGGCUCUGUCCAUCAGGAACCUGGUCCUGGAGCUGUCCUACAAAGACAAAGGCAAUAACAAGGAGGGCAGGAUUCACAUCUACACCCCCACGACCACCUAUCUCCACGUGUCCACUGUGAACCACCUGGAGGGGAGCAGACUCCAUAGUCAGAGUGAACUGGUGACAGCAUGGAGUCAACUGGUCCAAAAUGAAAUUCACCUGUUCAACAGCCGAGACAGCAAACUCUUCCUCUUCUGGCUGGCGGGGCCAGAGCAAGGGCUGAACUUGACUGCUGUCUAUAGGCACACGGAACAGCCUAGAAGAACCCACAUCUCCCUGCAGGCGGUCAGAACUGGUCUUGGACAUCUGCCCUUUGGGCUGCAACUGGAAGGCCAGCUAGAGGAGCUCAAGAGGGAGAGGUGGCUUUACCAGAAGAGGGCCACCCUCAACUUCAGGCAUCCCUUGAAGCUGCCCAUCCCUCGGAGCUUUCUUCUGCAGGAGACAUUCACAGUGGAUAAGAGAAGGAAACACUACUUCCUGGAGACCAAAGUGCUGCUGUCCGGACUGGAGGAGACUGUACAGCUUCUGACUGUGGGCUACCAGGCCGACCAUCCCUACAUCUGUGUGAGCCUGACCCAUCCGUACAGCAACAAGGUGCUCCCCAGGAAUAUGGACAUCUGUUUGCUCAUGAGGCAACACCAAGGGGCUCACCGGGAAAUUGAAGCUACUAUGAAGGUCAACAAGGAAGAUGUGCUGCGUGUAAUGGGUCAGCACCAGGACCGAUCCAGCGGAGGGGAUGUCCAGCAUGGACUACAUCUGGAUGUGACCCACUCAUUCUUCCAGCUGAGGUUUCCGCAGCGACUGGGACUGGACGGAGAGGUCUUCUUCACACGGAACCAGAAAGGGGAGUUUGAUUGCGGUUUGAGAGCCCAAGCCACCGUGGACCACAAUUCCUCACGGCUCUGCAUUCAGCUAAAUGGAUCGGACACUCAUUUUGGCUUUUACUCCCAGCUCGGCCACCCUCACCAGCCAGAAUUACCACCAAACUUUCAGGUCUGGGCAGUUGCCAGAAGAUACCGGGGUCCUGGUGUCAAUGUCUCCGUGUCCGUGAACACCGGGGGCAAGGAGCGGGCCCUUCUGGAAGCAGACGUGAGCAAGGAGAGCAGGAGGGGCAGGCGAGCCUGGGGCCUGAGUGCCCUCUUCCGCCAGUCAGUUCUUGCAGAACCCAAGAUGAUACGACUGCAGCUGAUGGGCAAGGUCACCCCUGCCAGGGCUUUGUUCUCUACGGAGUUGAUGCUCGACGAGAAGGCUGUCAAGCUGUUCCUGGCAGGAAGCCGAGAGCAGAAGCCGGGGCAGGCGCUGACCUUUCGGGGUCACAUCCAGCACAGCCUGGGCAGUUGGAGAUCCAUGCCCCGGCGCCUCUCCCUCAGCGGCCUCCUGAAGCGCAGUAGCCACCACCACAACCAGGGGAGCAUCAGCUUGCUGAUCGAUCGGGCCCUGUACAGAGUCCAGCUUCGCAACAGGAUGGUGCCAGGGAACGGCAGCUGGCACAGCCUGGCGGGAAGCCUGGACCUGACUCAGAACGGCAGCCAGGCCAUGCCCCGGGAGGCCUGCCUGAGAGGCCGGUUGCAGCUCGAGGGCCCGGGGUCUCUCAGGGCCCAAGCCAGCAUGCAUGUGGAUGGACAGGCCUCAGCCCUGGAGUUUUCAACUUCCUCAGGCCAGGGGUCCAGCCAGAUCUGGGGAACCCUGACCCAAAAUAUCAGUGCUCUGAAAGACACAGGAUUUCCCACAGAGGGAGAAGUCUUGGCCUCCUGUGGGCCCACAGCCCCCAACUGCUCCUUGGCUGUGGAGCUGCAAAGUGACCGCGGAUGGAUUGAGGUCGCGCUUGGGAUGGAGAGCCCCUCGGCCUCCUCCCCAGCCACGCGCGUCACUGCCCGGCUGAGACACAACGUGGGACCACUGGGCUCCCUGGGGCUCCCCAGCUCUGUGGAAGGUGCUGGCUACUACCAGAAGUCCUUGCAGAGGCUGGUGGCCAGCCUGAAGGCCAGCGUGGACGGCCAGCAUCUGCGUGCGGAGCUGGAGAGGCGGAGCACUGGCAGCAUGAUGGUGGUGGCCCUGGGACUGCAGCACGAUCUGUCAGGGCUCUUGGGCACCCUUCCCUCCAAGGUCCGGGUCAACUGCAGCGGAGAAACUUCAUCCAGCCACCUGUCCGGCUACUGCAGUGGUGAGGUGGCCAGCCAGCCGUCUGAGACUCCAGCCACGGUGGACCUGAACGGCUCCCUCCUGGCACAGAGCUGUGAGGCUAGUGUCACCGGGCAGGCCGCUUCCGGGGAAGCCACCUCCCACCUGCCCCUUAAGGCCCUCUGCGGGCUCCCGAACCGCCUGGAUGCCAGACUCCAGCACUCCUGGCCUGCACUCGGAGCCCUGGGUGUCGCCAGGGAAAACCGGAUCCAGGUGGAGGCUGGGAAGGGAAGCAGGCCCGGGGCCCUCCUGGAGGUGGCCCUGGGCCAGUGCCUGCUGAUGGCAGGCGGAGGCCUCGGGCAGGAAACCAAUGUGAAUGGCGCCAACUGGACCCUGUCUCUGGUGAAUAAGUGCCCAGCCCUGGAGGAGCUAGGCUUCCCACAGAUUCUGGACAUCAGGGGCUCCCUCAACCUCGACCCUUGUAUCCUCAACUUGACCCUCAACAUCAAAAGCGGUGACAGAGAUGCCCACCUGCACCUGACGGGCUCCUGCCAACUUGGGUCUGUGAUACAGGGCCAGAUGGGUCACUCCUUCCCUCAACUGAGCCGUGUGGGGCUGCCCCGCGACAGCGCCAUCCGCUUCUCCCUGGGUCCAGGCCCUGCCCCCGAGGGGGCUCUAUCCCUGCAGGUUGGACAGUGCCAGCUGUAUGCCAGAGCGGAGCUCCGGCCCAGAAACCAGACCCGCUGGGUGCUAGAGUCAGAGGCGGACUGUGAGCUUCUGAAGGGCUUCCAGAUACCAGCUCACACACGGUUCAACGGAUCCAUCCAGACAGGCAGCUGCCACGCUGAGCUGCUGGGGACCCUCAUGUUGCAGGGCAAGGCGGUCUCUGUGGCAGUGGAAGCAAUGUGCCAGCCCAGGCUCGCCCUCCGCGCCGCCCUCAGGCAUGAGCUCCCAGCUCUGCGAGCCCUCCCGGGGGAAAGCCAGCUGGCCAUCCGUGCCAGCAAGCAGGCCCCCUAUGAGUUGGGACUGGAGCUGAGAGCAGGGGCCUGCAGGCUUCAAGCCAGUGGGGAGCUGCAGGCCAAAAGGAAGCUUCAGUGGAAAGCGCUGCUGGACAACACGUGCGGAGCCCUAAAGGACCUCGGCGUCCCGGAUCGGGCGGAUGGUUCGGGCUAUGUGGUGCUGGACGACAAGGAGCUGGACCUUCAGAUGCUGGUCGACUUGGGCAACCGGGCUCUGCAGGGGCUCCUCAUUCUUAAGGCCAGAGAGACCCACCAAGAGCUGGAUGCGGUGCUCACCCACAACCUGCCCCAUGCUGUCCACCUAGGCAUUCCCACCAGGACACUCGUGGAUGUGACCAUAGAGAGAGAUGGCCAAAACUACAGACACGCCAUCCAGUUCAGUGUGGGCAGCAAGCAGAUGUCAGAAGAGCUGAACUUCACCCGGAGCCUGGAUCGCAUUUUCCUCAACUACAAACUCCGGCACAACAUCCCGGCCCUCAGAACCUUUUGGGUGGGAGACAGGGUAGAUCUGGAGGCUGCCCUGUCUAUGCAAGAAGCACUCCCCAGUCUCAAGACCUCUGGGCGGAUUCUGGCCGGGCUGACAUCUCUCAGCUACACCGUGAGAUCUCACCGCAGCGGGCAGCGAUGGGAGCUUGCCUGCAAAAGCGACCACAACAGCGAUGCUCUGCUAGCCCUCGGGCUCCCCGGAGUGGCUCAGCUCACGGCCACCCUGCAGAAAGGAGAUGACCAGAUCCAGGCUAGCGUGAAUGUUCAGGGUGGGGACCAGAAGUGCCUUGUGGAAGUGAAGACUCUUCUCCCCUCAGACCUCAAUGGGACCACGGAGCUUGUGGCCCAAGUCAACCAUUCCUUGCCCACCCUCCAGCAGCUGGGCCUGCCCUAUUCAGCCCAGCUGGUGUACCUUGAAAUCCCGACGGCCGGCGGAACAUCAGCCUCCCUGACCCUGACUUGUGACUCCCACGUGAGGCUCGGCUUCAGUGUCAACAGCAGAAAUCUACCAUCCGGCGCAGAGCUGCAUGUCCAAGGCCUCCAGCAUCUUCCCCUCCUUCUGCACCACUUUCCGCGCAGAGCUGAACUGGUCACCAAGGUAAAUCACUCAGUAGGUGAAGUGGAAGGCCGGUUUUCCGUCAGGCUGGAAAAAUCCCAUUUCCACAUCACAACGAAGCUGGUCCUGGUGGCGUGCAGUCUCCACUGUGUCUUCGAGCUAAUGCAUACAAUCCCCGAGCUCCGAUCCAUCCCCCGGGAGCUGCUGCUGCAGACAGCCUACCGCAGAGCCAAUGGGACCCACUCGCUGAAGCAGACAGUGCUCUGGGACGGACACAAGACCCGGCUCAGAGGCAGCUACAGCGGGCCCUUCCCCUCGCUGCCUGGGAAGCAUCACGUGCAGGUGGAGCUGGCCCAUCCUCUCCUGGUUCCUUUCCCCAGGCAGUCCAAACUCAGUCUCUCCCUGCAGCAUGGAGCCAACAGCCAUCAGGAUGACCUGGUCCUCCGCUGGAAUGGCAGGGAUCAGGUACUGAUCUCCUGCUCCCUGAAGCUGGGAAGAGAGCAACUGGAUGGACACGUGGCUUUCGGUCAUCCCCUCAAUCUCUCCUGGAGCCACGUGGAGGCCACCGCCCAAUCUGAGAGGAGAGGAAACAAGGGCAGCCAGAGGGUGCAACUGGCCUGGAACCGGGGAAAACCUACUGAUGUCCAACUCACCUGGGAAGAUAGGUCAGCGCCGGACAGUGUGGCCUUGGACAGCUGCCUCACGGUGUCCUUGGGACAGCUCCAGAAGGCCCUGAACCUGGGCCACAUUCAGGCCUGUGGGUCUGUGAUGCAAACCACAAUGCUCUUUGACGAACGCCUCCGUCUCAACUGGGACAGAAAGAAGGUCAAACAAAGCCUGAUGUAUGAGAGGCGCCGACGGCCACGACCAGAUAAGUUCCAAGUUGAAGUGGCUUUGGAAAACAUCUUCCUGCCUUCCUGUUCCCAGCAAAGCUUCUGGGGAGAAGUAGAGACCAACUUCUCCAGCUGGCUGAGGCACUCUCUGCACCUGGGCCUCUGUGACCUUCCUAGUGCCGUUCAGCUGUCUGGCAAACACGUGCUGGGCCAGGGCCGCCUCCUGCUGCGCUCUCAAACUCGACUCCGCCUGGCCCGGGACCCGGGGCCCGGCCUGCUGCUCUCUGUGAUGCUCCGCAACGACAGCUCCUCCAGAACCCGGGACUAUUCUGGGGGGCUGGAGCUGAGAGCAGCAGGGGCUCACCGGGUUGCGGUGUCGGGCAGAGUCGCUACCUCGGCCUCUCAGAAUCUGGUGCAGGUGGAGGGGAGCCUAGAUAAAGCAGAAAAGGUGAAGCUAAUGGCUUCCCGGAGCCAGAAGUGUGUUCGAGGCUACCUGGGCUAUCAGAGAGGGCAUGGAGAAGAGGGUGUAGAGCUCCGCACGUGCGCAGAGGGAUGGCGAGAAAUGGCAGCCGAGGCCUUGCUCCAAGCUGAGAGGCGGCGGGGGGAGUACCUGGGCCAGCUGACCCUGACAGCCGCUGACCAGAGCCUGAGCCUACAAGCACAUGCUCACCGCUGCGGGGCACCCCUCGGGCAGCUGGAGACAAAACUAGCUGAGGCCGGGGCCCAUCUCCAAGCCAGGCUCGAAGAGAAGCUCAAAGUCCUGGAUGCCUUUAUUUGGAAAUUCCGAGACUUGGCGCAGCAGGUGGACUUCCUGAAGACGUGGGCCGAUGGACUCCUGCGGGCAUCCCGGCAGGCAGUGGGAGCCGUGCGUGCAGGGGUGAUGACCGCGGCCCGGCUGUGGGAGCAGAGCACCGCUCGGCAGGUGCUCGGGUACAACCUCCCUCGGGCCCUGGCGGGGCUCCAAGCCAUGCUGGAUCAGAUGCAGAGCGAAUUGCAGAAACCUCUGGUCACGCUGAAGGAAGCAUACUAUGAGGUGACAUCCAAGCCGCUGGAUGCCGUCUGGCGAGAAAGGGCAGAUGAUUACGUGAGGAAAAUCCGGGCCCUUGUGCCAAUGGUUGUGAAAGACAGCUGGCUAAUGAAGCCAGUCCUCGUGUCAUUAAGAGCUCUGAAGGCCGGCUUGGAUCUGACCACCCAACAGCUGCUGAAGUGGGCAGAAUCCAAACUGUCCCGGGCCGUGAGGGGCAUCCGGAAACCCCUCUCCAGCCUCUUCAACUACUCCACCAGGAACUGCUCCGUCCUGGUGAAGCUGCCCGUGUUGCCUGCAGAGGAGCAGCCCCUGGACCUGGCUCACCUCACCCGCCAUCUCAUCGAGGACAAGUUGUUGAGGCCCCUGAGGGAGCUCUACAGCAUCAACCCCGUGGCUGAGUAUUACAGGUUCAAGUGCCGGCUGCUGGAGAGCCCCUUUGAAUAUCAUGCAGUGGUGAUUGGCAACAAGUAUGUGGUGACAUUCGACGGGAAGGUGUAUGAACUGGCCUCCCACUGCAGCCUCUUGCUGGCCAAGGAUUUUGCCUGGGACACCUUCACCGUAAUCCUCAAUGGCAGCCCAAGAUUCCUGUAUGUUCAGAUGAACAGUUCGGCCUUCAUGAUGACCCCAGGCCUGAGGGUCCACAGGACGAACAACAUUUCCCAGAUGGAAGAGAACUGCCCCAACUUGGCUCUGCCCCCUGCCACAAACAGGGCCAGUGCAAGGAGAGAAGAGGCCAAAAUAGAACUGUCCAAUCAGAAUGGAGUCACCCUGUCCUGCGACCCCCAGGCCGACCUGUGCAGCCUAACGCUGGAUGGCUGGAACCACGGUGUGUCAGCAGGACUACUGGGCACCAAUGACAAUGAGGCAGGCAAUGAGUUCAUGCUUCCUGGUGGUUCACUUGCACGGAGUUGGCAGGAGUUCACAGAAGCCUGGCAGGUGGACAGUAAGUGUAGUGUUUUGCCGAGGAAAGCCCAAUCCUGUCCUAGCACGGUGACACCAAACAUCUGCGGGAUGCUUUUUCGGGAUGCUCACUCCCUGCUCCGGAACUGUUUCCGGGUGGUGGAUCCCAUCCCAUUUUACAGCAUGUGCAUCCAGGACACCUGUGAGGCCAACGGGCUCCAAGCCGCCUGCCGCCUGGCUGCCGCCUUCAUUCAUCUGUGUAACAGGGCUUUUGUUCCCCUGGAAACUCCACCUCAGUGUGGUCAGUUCCAGCGAUCUGGUCUGAAAGGCUCCCGGACCCACCCCUGAGUCUUUCGAAAGGUGAUCUCUCCACAGCCCACUGUGUUUGGGCUCCUCACCUGGCUCCAAUGUGGAACCGUUUGCGCUGGAAGGCUGAGAUGAUGGGGAGAAAAUGUACUCUCUUUCAGAGUCCUCAACUCCUUGUUGGGAUGGUGGUGGUGGGGAAA